CCCAGCAGCGAGAACAAGUCCGCGACACGCCUCACUAGAAGCAAAAAGAUGAGUUCAUGAGGCGGAUCUCAAGCGUGUCCUGUGCUCGAUUUGGGGAUUUAUAUCGGAUCCAGUGGUUUGGCCGCGUGACUCCAGCGGCAUCGGCAGCGGCAUGAGCCCGUGUAACUGACGCGCAUGCAUCCGAACAGGACACGCAUUUUCGGAAUCGAGUCCAGUUUUGGAGCAGUCGAUCUAAAACUCACGGGUUCGCCGACCAUCAUUCGCUACAUGUGACCGAUCCGAACCGUCCGAAUUCAUCGGCAGCUUCACCAACGGGCUGCGCAUUAGCACGCCAGGACAGUACAGAAUGGCUCCUCAUCUGGACGCGGCCCGGAAACUGGCCUGGAUCUUACUGAAGUCGCUGCUUCGUUUCAUCUUUAUGUUUAUCAAUAACUGUGUUGCGAUCCCAUCCUACUGCCUCUACCUGUUAGUACUGCAGCCUUUGAGACUUCUGGAUCCCCACACGUUUUGGUACAUCGAGGGGGUCAUGUUCAGAUGGUUGCUGGCCAUGGUGGCUUCUUGGGGAUGGUGUGCAGGCUACACCGUAACAGAAUGGGGUGAUGACGUGAGGCCGAUGUCAGAAGAUGAAGCCAUGGUCAUAGUCAACCAUCAAGCUACGGGAGAUGUGUGCACCUUAAUGAUGUGCUUGCAGGACAAGGGCACGGUUGUACGAAAGAUGAUGUGGUUGAUGGACCAUGUUUUUAAAUACACUAAUUUUGGAAUUGUCUCCCUAAUUCAUGGCGAUUUCUUCAUCAGGCAGGGCAAAGCACAUCGAGAAAAACAGCUAGUUUACCUGCAGGAUCACCUGGACAGGUAUUACUACAGUAGAGACAGGAAGUGGAUUGUGCUGUUUCCUGAGGGCGGAUUCCUGAGAAAGAGGCGAGAGAUAAGUCAGUCCUUUGGCAAAAAGAAUGACUUGCCUCAUUUGACUCACGUUACACUGCCACGGUUGGGUGCCACUCAGAUUAUCCUGAAAAACUUAGGACCCCAGCAGGAAAAUGGCACCCUGGGAACAGAUGGAUCUCCACCAUGUCAAAGUAACAAACCUAAAGGACUCCAGUGGGUAAUAGAUGUGACUAUAGCCUACCCUAAUGCAAGACCCAUGGAUAUUCAGACGUGGAUAUUUGGAUACAGAGAUCCAAUAGUCACACAUGUGCACUACAGGACAUACCAUAUAAAGGACGUCCCAGUAGAAACAGAAGCUCUUACAGAUUGGCUGUAUCAGCGAUUUGUGGAAAAGGAGAAACUUCUGUCUCACUUCUACAAGACAGGAACUUUCCCUCCACUUGAUGGCCAAAAGGAGAUGGUCUCGCGAAAUAUGACCCUUGACAACGCCUGGUUGUUGUUAGUCCAAACGUUUGCCUUCGCCUCAGGCUGCAUGUGGUACAGCAUUCUACAUCACGUCUACUGCUGGUUCUUCUGAGAUCAAAGAGGAGACCAAAACGUGCAGGAUGGAGACGGAAAAGCCAGAGACCGAGAGCCCAGAUUGACAUUCAUUACCGGAACGGAUGAAUGUACCCUGCAGAACGUCUCGAGCUGCUGUAUUCGAUCACGGCCCCCAUCCUGACCUCGGAGUGACACAUCUACCCAAUCCCAGACACAUGCGCUCAUCCUUUAGAUUUGCAUAGAACCAGUACAACAUGUUUACACAUGCGCGCUCAAAUUAUGCACAUUUAAUUGUUUACUCAUGCACAUUUGGACACACCUCUUUCUUUGUUGUUGUUGUUGUUGUUUUUACUUACAAUCAAAAUUAGGCUCAGGAAAAAGUCAGAGAUAGAACUGUAUGUCAUUCAUUUUCACGCCUAGCCAUGUGAGCUCCCCCUCUUUUGAGAUGAACACCAAACAGGAUGACUGAUUUUUUUUUUUCCAGAGACUUGUGUCCUGUUUGGAAGAGCCUCAGCUGGCUUUCAUUGCACUAUGAAUCCUUGUGCCCCCCAGAUUUCCUUCAUCUAUCCUCCCUCGUGGCUUUUUUCCUCGUGUCGACUGGAUGCCGUUUUCUGCGUGUUUUGUCAGUAUUGAGAGACCGUGAAGUUGUUUACACUGACAGGCACCUGCUUGGAACGGGAGCGCCUUUUUCGAUGAUGUUCGGGAGAAGUCAUUGUGAAGAGGAACCUGGUUCUUGUUUCAACAGUUUCUGAAACAUUUACAGGGCCAGGCCACCGUUUCCUUCGGGGGACUUUACGCAAUCGAUGCCAUAUAGACGCAUCUAAGUGCACCACACAACUGCCACACAAGAAGAAAAUACCCCUCAUCUCCAAAGUUUUACAAAUAUUUAAGCCAUAUGCUUAUAUCGUAGGAUCGAAGGGGGGCAGACAUUUUACUGACUGAACUUGUGUUUGUUCACUGUCCUAAAAAAAAACGAUUUUAAUUUUGUUGAUUUGUUUUGUUUGUGAGUCCGUUGAUCUCACUUGUGUAAAAGUGACAGCGUAACCUGCCUGUGUGAUUGUGCGACUGUGUGUUUUAGAUGCACAAUGUCUGGUAGCUUCAUGUUAUAUCAGAGUGUUGGCAAAUAUCUGUUUAAUAGAUUUUAAUUUCGUUUAAUUCUUAAUCCCUAUUGUGCGUUUAAUCUUGUACAGAAAGGAGUCCGAGCUGUAAUGAUGUUUAGUUUCAAAAAUUUUACUUUUGAAAUAUCAUGAAUGUUGGAGAAGGAAAGCAAAGGCGGAUGUCCCCAUUUGCUCUCUCUUCUGGAGUGAUCAUGUGGGCGUAUUGUAGAAAAAACAUUGUGCUUGGACAAAAGGACCAGAGACGUAGAUUACUUUUUUUGUGUUGAGGCACAAAAUAUUUUAGAUUAGCUUUAGACUAUCUUGAUGGAGCUCAUAAACUUGAGAGAAAAUAACUAAAAACACGUUUUCCACGAGUGAAAUCGGACCGUUUACGGGAAGAAUAAUGGCGUCAUCUUUGUGUCCGCUUCUCAUAUCCGAACGGAAUAUGGGCGUGGUCCAGCAAUAAUGUACUCAAAAAUAAAAGCCCAUGUUGUGGCGAACGAUGCUUAGAUGUACAAAUUAGGUAUUUGUAGUUGAAAAUGUUGCACUGUUUUGUCACUUGCCCCUUGACCCAAGCCAUGUCACACGUGAAAGUGAACUUCGUUUCCAUAGCUUGCCAGAUCGAAAUGUGAAUGACGCCACAAGACUAAAGCUAAAGCCAAGUUAGAUGCAGACUGCAUUCGGAGCAGGCCACGUCACCAUAAACCUCACCGCCAGGAGCUCCCGUCGGACGCAAGAAAUGCUGGGGAGUUCUGAGUAACAAUUGUUUUCAUAAGUAUGGUUUUAUGUUAAAAAAGUGAGAUAUAUCUAUAUAUUAGCAAUUUUACCAAAUUACAAUAGAAUGGUCCAUGAAUUUCAUUUUGUACUCCUGUUUCUCUUCCUAGCUACCCAGCCAUUUUACAACACAAAUUAAUUGUGCUGGAAUAAAAAUCAUGCGCAGCAGUGAC